UUCCGCUUCCGGCGGCGUGGGUGGCGGCGCGCGGCGGGGCGAUGGCGGCUGGCGGCAGCGACCCGCGGGCUGGCGACGUGGAGGAGGACGCCUCACAGCUCAUCUUUCCCAAAGAGUUUGAAACAGCUGAGACGCUUCUAAAUUCAGAAGUUCAUAUGCUUCUGGAGCAUCGAAAGCAACAGAAUGAGAGUGCAGAGGAUGAACAGGAACUUUCUGAGGUCUUCAUGAAAACUUUAAACUACACUGCCCGAUUCAGUCGUUUCAAAAACAGAGAGACCAUUGCCAGUGUCCGUAGCUUGUUGCUUCAGAAGAAGCUUCAUAAGUUUGAGUUGGCCUGUUUGGCCAACCUUUGUCCAGAGACUGCUGAGGAGUCCAAGGCUCUGAUCCCAAGCCUCGAGGGGCGGUUUGAAGAUGAGGAGCUACAGCAGAUUCUUGAUGACAUCCAGACCAAGCGCAGCUUUCAAUAUUAAUCUCCAGACAUCACUCUCCUGCUCAGGGAGCCACCUCCCCAGCACAGCACCACUGUCCUGGGGCUGGGGCUCACCUGCACAGAAAUUCUGUUGCAGAAGACACGUGGGCUUCCUUUGGAUAGAACAGCCCAGCUUGGUCUUGGUUUAGGUUGCUGUUUCAAACUUGACAGUUGGACGGUGAUGGCCAUGUCAUCUUGAAGAGGCCUUUCAGUGGCUCCCUGUGGCUUCCUGAGCCUGCCUCUGGGAAGGAUGAGGCAGGGUGAUAUGCAUAUAAACUACGCUAUGGACUACCUCAUACCAUGGUCUUUGGCCCCUGUGUUAUUUUUGAUUCCUAACAUUUUGUGUUUUAAUUUCAAUGUGUUUAUGGUUUUCAGAACUAUACUAGAGGGGCUGGCCCAGUGGCGCAGCAGUUAAAUGUGCACGUUCUGCUUCGCUGGCCUGGGGUUCGCCGGUUCGGUUCCCAUUUGUGGACAUGGCACUGCUUGGCAAGCUAUGCUGUGGCAGGCGUCCCACGUGUAAAGUAGAGGAAGAUGAGCACAGAUGUUAGCUCAGGGCCAGUCUUCCUGAGCAAAAAAAAAAGAGGAGGAUUGGCAGCAGAUGCUAGCUCAGGGCUGAUCUUCCUCAAAAAAAAAAAGACAAAAAACCUAGAUCAUGUAAAACUGGUAUGGGAAACAACAGUCUUACCUAAAUGCAAAAGGAAGAAUUAAACCAGACCUGUAUCGUUGUUUGAAAUUCUUAAAGAAGGGGUGAUAGUGUUGAGUGUUAAUGACUGAGAGCGAGCCUUGGCAUCAUUGUGCUUAACCCAGGAGACAGGGAAGAAGCUCACCAUGGGAAGCAAUUUCACCUGACGAUAACUGUGCUAAGGGUUGCGGGGCCCAUAGCCUUGAGGUAGACGGGUUCUUUGCCUUUUUUCUUGGACUAUUGCAGGCUUUUUUUUUGUUGCAGAAUGUAGAUGUGGAGUAAGUGGUCCUAAAACACUUCCUAUGUUCCUCCUAAGUUAAGAAUUUUCCUUCACAGGCCGGAUGCGAAGGUCUGAAGACUUUGAGUCUCCUCGUGUGGGCCUCCAGUCCAAACCUCUAGCUUGUGCUGGGCUGCAGGUGUUCUCUGAUGGGAGGGAUUUGCAGGGAGGGAGCCCACCCCUUCCAGAGCUGCUCCAGUGAAGCUGUGCGAUCUGAGGCUAGUUAGGGGUAACACUUUAGUAGCUAAACAUCCUAGUCUUGAUUUUUCUGAAGGGAUGCCUGCCUGUUUCUUAACAAUUUAGGGAGUUUUCUUUGGAGCACUUGUUGGCUCCAAAAGAAUUCAUGAUCCAAGGGAAAGGUUGAGGAAACAGCAAAGUUGGCUUUACAAGUCUAGAUCGUUUUAUGUCAGCUGCUGCCCAAAGCAAAAAUAAAAUAGUCUUCUUUUUAUAAA